AUGUCGAAAGUGAUCGAGAGAGCCCGUAAGAGAGUUACGGACAAGGUAUCGGGUCCAGUGUACGCAGGGCCAGGCCCGGGGGAAUUGUCGAUCAACAAUUGCGCAGUAAGACUUCAGCAAAAAGUCAUGAGCAUCCUUCGUACUCUCGAUUCUGGAGUGAUCGCGCUUGAACCGGACGUAUUUCUAAACGGGUAUUGGGCAACACAACCAGACGUUCACACUCGGCGCAGGGAGUUGCUUACCGAUCUACUACACGAACACCUGUUGACGCACAACCAAAUCACUUCGGCUGACACCGUACAAGUGUAUCGCAAAACAGGAGAAGUAGUAGACACCCCACGCGACAGUGCAACGGCUACCGACUGGCUGCGUCUCAUUGUGCGUGAACAUGCCUUGACGGGGGGUGCGGUUGAGUACGCUAAUGCCUCGUUGCAGGCUAUGGUGCUUGGUGCGCCCGAAUCCAUGCCCACCGCCGCAGCCCGCAUGAUAGCCUUGUUCGAACGCGUCACCGAGGUACUCCUGCCGAAUCCGGUUGACAGAGCCGGGGUCAACGGGCUGCUACAUGAACGCAUACAUUCUGUCAGCACCACCCUACAGAAGUGGCGUCAAGAGUCGCACCACCCCAUGGGGGAUCACAUGAGCCACCGAGGCAAGGUAGCUGAGGGCCUGUUCCGCGAGUCUGUAGCCGUUUUGAGCGCGCGUUCCGAGCCAUACAUGACCCCGCCGACGCCCCGCAAACCGAACCGCGCGGGCGGGCAGGAUCGCCUCUGUGCGGCUAACCCUACGCCUCGCCACAUGUCGAUGCCCGAAUAUUGAAAGCUGUUCACCGCAGAUGGCUUGGCGUCGUACAACUCGAGGUUAAUACUCACCGUGUCGGGAGGCAGCGUGCCCCUCCGGCCGCCGCCUCCCACCGGGCUAAACUCUGUUGCCGCCGUAGCGCCGCCCGUUGCUGCCCCAGAGACCCCUUCGUCGGUUGCCGUGGCAGCGUUCCAGAACCACAAGGCCAGCACGCCCGGCCAGCACGGUGUUCCUUUCACCGCCAAAGCACCGUCAUCGACGGCCGCACCAGCGACAACGCCACCAACGGCCGCCACCGCGGCCACCGCCGUGACACACCCGCCGGUGACUGCGCCCCGGUCCGUGAUCCUCGACCACCUCAUGGAACAUGGGAUCUGCUACGCCCACGUGUUCUCGGCCUGCCGUCGACAAGGCCGUUGUAGGUGGCGACACGACCUACUGCCAGCGUCAUUCUACAAGACGUGCCAUGUCCGGCGAGCCGUGGGGCUACUCACACGCGCCGCGUCGUAGCCGCGUUGACGCCCGCCCAUUACGACACGGCCGUCGCCAUGGGCCUCGAGCUUCACGUGUCGGGCGAGCAUCAGGUGGCGAUGAUGGCAGGGGACAUCCCGCUGGGACCUCGGAGUGACGCCGAAAUGUGAAACGAGGACCCGGGUCUCGCCAACCCGGGGCACCUUGGGUCCGCGAGGGCGGAGCACGGCGCCGGCGAUCAGUUGUGGAUACGUGGUGAGAUCGGACGAGUUGGGCGUAGACGUAAGUCGUACCCAGUGGAGAUUUUGCUUGAUACCGGGGCGGGCGGGGGCAACUAUAUUUCAUUGGAGCUGUGGUUUCGCGUACGUACCUUAGCGAGGUGCAGGUUGGACAGACGUUCGGCGGGAGCGUUGGAAGCAGCGAAUCCGUCGGAAAGUGGCGUGCCCCCGAUGCGCAUUCUAGGACAUGUCACGAUCCCAAUCAUGUUCCAAGACGACUCUCAAUUACGGUUCGUCACGGCCAGAGUAGUGCCGGAUCUCCCGUACGGUAUUAUCAUCGGAGCUGAAUAUCUUCGACGCAACAAGAGCACGCUUGAUUUUGCAGGAGGCAAAGGCUUUCAACCCACGCCUGACGCGCCGUUCGUACCGUUUCUGUCGAGCCCGGUAGACCACCCUGCCCAACCGUCACCGCUCUCAGCCGCACGCGAUCGCUUUGCUCUCUUGACAUGCGACCCGCAACGCGACACUAACCUGUCCGACAUUGCCCCGCUGCCCGAGCUGCCCAGUUAUCGUGACGUCGCGUGGGAGGAUGACAGCACUCUGGAAUGGGACCUGGUCCUGGGCUCGCGGAUGUCAUCAGGGUUCACUAGUAUCGCGAUGCAGACUGUAGCGAUAGGCCCUCGGCCACAGGACAGGCAGUUGGUGAUGGUGUUACCCACGGAACGGUUCGACCUAGAGAAGGGAGCCACAGUGGGGAUUGCACGGGCAGUGAUGUGGUGGACGCCGGGAACACCGGUGUACUGCAAGUUGGUGAACCGCGAUGCCCAGGUUGUCGAGGUCACUAACGGUAGUAUUUGCGCCAGGAUGCUCGCCCUCAAUGUCCGCGAUCGUGGCCGUUUCGACUCUUUGUUCGACGAUACCCCGUCCACUGUUGACCCUCCACUCCCUGACCCGGUUGUUGUGCCCACCCGUGACACGAGCGACGAGACCUCCGCGACCUCGCCACCCACUGUACGGGCGACCGACGCUAACAUGGGCCAGCUCGGAGCGCUACAGAAGCAGGAGUUUGUCGAGGUUCUGGCAACGUUCGUUGAGGAAGGUUUAUUCCCGAUCGACCCUAAGAGAGUGGCAGCAUGCGGUGGCAGUGAGUUGGAGCUUCCUUUGAUUGACGAGUUUUGCACACCUCACGUAGCCAAACAACGCCGUUUUUCACCCGAGGAGAGACGCAUGAUUAGGGCUGAGAUCCAACAGUUGCUGGAUCGUGGUAUCAUUCGGCCUUCCAUGUCACCCUGGGCAGCUCAAUGCUUGUGUGUUAAGAAGAAAGAUGGAGGUAUGCGACUGUGUAUUGACUGGAGGGUGUUGAACAAGCUUCUGGUAUCCGACAGUGGCGGGCUAGGUGAUAUGCAAACCAUAUUCGAUGGACUGAAAGGCAAGCAGUACUUCACUCAGAUCGAUCUAGCGUCGGGCUUUCAUCAAAUUGAAAUUGCCGAAAAGGAUCGCCAUAAAACAGCCUUCCGUGACGCAGACGGCAUGUUGUACGAGUUUACCCGUGCGGGUUUCGGGCUAACAGUUCUACCUUCCGCGUUCACGCGUCGAGUGAAGUCUGCUUUAGAAUUAUCGAUGGCGUGUUUAGCUGGUUGGACAACAUACUCGUCGCAAACGAAACAUGGGACAAACACCUCGCUGCAUUGGUGCUCGUUCUAACACGCCUUCGUGCUGCUGGACUGUCCGUUAACUUUCCGAAAUGCAUUUUCGGGGCUUCGUCCCAAGAGUUUUUCGGAAUGAUAAUUGAUGCUACCGGCAUGCACCCAGCCCCGUCGAAACUCGAAGCGAUUGCCAACAUGCCCCAACCACAAACGGUCGAAGACCUGCGCACGUUUCUAGGCUUGACGGGAUAUCUCCGACAAUUUGUCUCUCAAUACAGUUCAGUUGCGGCUCCCCUGACCGACAUCCUCCGCAAUAAAGACUUUGAGUCAAAGCGCGCACGUAAGCUCUCAAUUCAGUGGGGGGAAGCGGAGGAACACGCCUUCCACCAUCUAAGACAGUGCCUGGCUUCCCCUACGAUGUUAGCUUUUCCUGAUCCUAAUGCACCUUGUGAGCUGCACUCAGACGCUAGCUCAGUGGGCGCAGGUGCUACCCUGCUGCAGACCAUCGACGGUACACCCAGGAUCAUCGCUUUCGCUAGCCACAAGUUCUCUCGCACCGACGCUCGACGAGGACCCACGGAACGGGAAUGCAGGGGAGUAUUGUGGGGCGUUGAUCAUUUCAAGCCGUACCUAGCUGGUAGAUAGUUCAAAGUCGUGACGGAUUGCUCUGCACUUACGUGGUUGUUUCGUAGUAGAGAACUUUGUCCCAAGUUGCAUAGGCGGGCACUUCGCCUCAUGGAGUACGACGUAGUACUAGAAUGGAAGGCAGGAGUACAUCGCGUGUUGCCAGAUGCUCUGUCCCGUCUCCCCGUCGCCAGUAGCCCCUCCGUAGAUGUAGACGACUCUUUUCCUGACGAUUUCACGUCCCCGGAUUCCGCUACUUUUGUGGGCCCGCCAGGCCCUGUGCUUGAUGGUGUGCGUCUCGCGAACCUCUCGAGCACGGACGAAUCCGAACCCGUAAAUGCCGAUAGUGAGAUUGAUCCCGCGGUCAUAGCACCACUAUUGGCUGACUUCCCGUUCGCUGCCUGUGCCUCGCUCGAUGAACUUGUGCCACCACGUCGCUCAGGCAGAUGAUGCACGCCCUCAGUACGCCUGCAACCCUUCAACGACCCUCAGCUGCCUACCGUGGCACAGGUGUUAUCAGCUAGGCUACAACGCGCGUCCGCACCUGAGCCCAUCGAGCUACCCCCGGCUCAUCCACCGGAGCCGGUGCAGCCCGAGUGCACAAGGUCCGCCGACGUGGAGGAGGUGCUUUCAGCAGGGGGGGAGUUGCCCUUUAGGUCAGCGGUAGACACAGGGUCGACGGCAAUUCACAGGGCGCUACGAGUGCUGAAGAACCCGGACACGCUUAUUCGGCGCCAGCAAGACGAUGCCCUUUUGGGCCAGGUUCGGCAGGAUCUAGGGGGGAGUGGUAAAGCAGGAUACAGUUUGGAUGAUAAGGGAGUGCUACGGUUCGACGUUGGUCCGCACAUUACAUGGACACCCAGGAGUUGGAGCGACCUUAGCACUAAUUCGGGAUCACUUUCACUGGCCUAAACUCGCACGAGAUGUCCGUCAGUACGUUUUGUCGUGUAGCUGCAGACGUCGCAAAAGGCCCACUAGUAGACGCGUACCGAUGCUGCCAGGGAGACCAUUGGAACCUUGGGAUGAACUUGAGAUUGACCUACUCAAAAUUGACACGACAUCAUUGUCUGGUAACAAGAACAUCCUGCUUGUGGUAGACCGUGCAUCCAAAUUCCCUUUCGGUUUCCCUCUUGCGACCAAGGAAGCAAUAGGAGUAGCUGGGGCGUUGUUGGAACUGUGCUUAACUUUCGGCGUCCCCAAAACCAUUCGUUGCGAUGGCGGUAAAGAGUUCGGCGGAGAAGUAGUGACUCACCUGUGCCGGUGGUUACAGGCGGAUAUCGCUUUUGGAGUAGCAGAUCAUGCCCAAGGGCAAGGCUCAGUUGAGAGGCUAGGAGGCUGGAUGCAAGAGCUGUUGGCAGAGCUGUGCAAAUGCUGGAACGACCGUUGGGAUGAGUAUGUAUCGCCUGCCAUCUGGAUUAAGCGCACGCUGCCCGACAUUUCCGUUCACCCGCACAUGACCCCAUUUGAACUGUUGUUCGUUCGUAAACCCCGCACCUCGUCGGACUCGCUGGUGCCGCUUUCAGAGGAGGGAAGCCAAGAUCCUUCGGGAGGUUUGGACAACUUCGUUGAACGGCGCAAGCAGAACCUUCGGGAAGUUCGAUUGGUGCUCGAGAAGCGCCACGACCUGCGGGUAGCAGCAAGGGCCAAGUCGAACGCCAAUAUUUCGAGGAGUACGGCGUCGGUAACGGUAGAGAAAGGCAACUUGGUUAUGGUGCGCGAAGCCGACAGCAGUCGUCACCGAGACAAGCGGGGCCGGAAGCUGCAGCACGACCUCUACACCGGCCCUUGGACAGUAGAAGAAGUUUUGCAGAGGGAGUUGAGUGUGCAAGUGAAGAUGCAGGGUAGAAAGCUGCGUUCGCGGAGAGUUUGCACGGCCGAGUUGAAACUCUUUCAUGUUCGCCCACCCCAUUUGAGACAUUCUAUCGCCGAGAAAUUCAUGCAGUUUGCGUGGGGCCCUGAUUUUGCAGCACCUGUCGAGCAACCUGAACUAGGGACGGACGUUCGUCUCCCUCUCUGACUGCCGUCGUGUGCAUUCACCUACCGGUGCCUUGGUGUGGGAGUACAAAGCCAUAUCACAGACUGGUGUAGAGUCCGUGUGGCUGUUAGAACCUGAGCUUCUCCGUACGUUCACACGCUUGCAGUUGGACGGGUUCAUUGCACUAUGGCAUCUGUACUAUCCUGGAUUGGCGUCUCAACUUACCCCACGCUCCCUACCGCGUGCACCGUUGUUCGCCCGUGAAGCCCUGCGAAUCUACCCAAUAGGUUUCACUUUCCAGACAGACUUUGGCGGAGGGCAAAAGCUCCAAGGACAAGUGUUUGACUACCGAGACCGCUACUGGCGUGUGCGUUACAGUAACCAGAACUGGGAGGAGUUGACGCGUCAGGAGCUGGAACGUUAUCUUCACUGAAGAUCGUCGUCACCGCACCAGUGGCUGCUGAUUCGUGCAUGUUGGGGUGGGGGGACAUUUACCCGUGUAUCGUGUGGUUUCUUUUGUGUCGUGAUGUCAAGUUGGGGGGGAGCAAUCGCCUUGUGGGUUUAUUGGGAUAGUGGAAACUGUGGGGCCUUGGAAAAUGCGGUGCUGUCGGAGGAGGAGGUUUCUUGAGGCUCAGUCGUGUUGAAUGGGUUUACUUGCGGACUGUAUGUAUUUGUUCCUACUCGGUAGGCGGUACCGAGUCGAUGGUUGAUUGAAGUGUUCAUUGUAUGCAAGCGGGCAUGCGUGGACAGGUAGGUCCUGGAGGACUUGGUCGCAAUCGCUGUUAUGAUUGUGAUAACACUUGUAGCCAGUGGCGGUAUGUCGGUCUAUUCCACUGGCAUGGAGAUCCAUGCCAACGAACUUCACGAAAGUUUGUCCCUCAGAGAAAAGAGAGAGACGAGAUGGCGGCGUGAAGUAUCGGGUGGAUAGUUCCAUUUCGAGGCAUAUCGGUUGAUGGAGAAUCCUGCGGUUCUGCCAUUGCAUUGGUUACAAGUACAGGAUGAGGCGUUAGUGUAUUAUGAGUUGAUAAUAUACUAGGGGGGAUGUUACGGUUCGAGGCAUUCAUUGUCCCGCAAGUACACGCCCACAGAGGUAGUUGGCCGCAUUCUGCGGAGCCUCUGCAAGAGCUGUCCGGACUCGCCCUCCUCUGCUCACAAACAAGCUACCACCCUGAGCUUGAACUAAAAGAAUAAGACCAUAACAUCCACAAGGAGGCCUUUGCUCCGACGCUACAUCGGCUACUACAGCUGGUACGAGUAUCUUCACUACUCAUCGCACUCGGUACAGUCGUUCGAUUGCACAACGAGAGAUCAGUGUGUCUUUUAUUAUUAGCAUCGACCGCGCUAACCGGCUGACCAAUGAAAAGACGUCAGUCUUAGUGCGGUUGAAAACACAAAACGCUUCUAUCUACCAUGAACUGGGACCCCGUGAGGGGACAGCAUGGGGGAGGCUAAGCUAUCCUCCGGAUCAAAAACAGAAACAGCAGCAACAGAAGAAAACUGCACCCGUCUACAAAGGCUAUUACCUAGUACUCGAGUUCGUUUAGGAAUACUUUCACCAGUACCCUCCUUGUUUUCGCUCCCAUCAUUCUGAUCCUCAUUUUGACAAGAAGAAUAUCUGGGCAGUUCUUCCCUAGCCCUACGUUUCUUGUUGUAGAGAAGGUCAUCUGGCUCAAACCCUUUGCUCUCUUCCACUCCUCCAUGUUUUUCUGCUCCAUCGUCAUCUUCGUCCUCCUUUUUUCUCUUUUUCUUUCCUUCGUCUUCGUCACUCCCAAAAGAAUUACCCUCACUACUAUCGUUGUCGCAGAGAUCCCAACCGAUUGGCCCUGGUGGAAGUUGGUCGAUCAGUAGCCCAUGGUCAGUGUGUGUGCAUCGUUGCAUGAGCGAAUACAUUUCAGGAGCCAUAAUCCACUUUCUCGCGCAAAAACCCGUGCCGUGAACGGGAGCUGUACGUACUUACUGCUUACACACUUGAGACCUCUACCCUGCGUGCUAGCGACUCGUGACAGCAGAUCAAAGGCCAGUACCAGGUCACAAAAAAAACACAUGAUGCAAGAAAGGCCCCAUCGCUGAAAUACUGCAACACAAAGAACAAAAUAAACGAAUAUUCAUCACGAAGUCACGAUGCGCGCAAAAAGUCUCCUUGGGGAGCGGUUUGGUCAAGAAAUCCGCGCGUUGCAGGUCCGACCGUACGUGGACUACCUUGAACUCCCCCCGUGCUACACGCUCACGGAUGAAAUGGUGGCGGAUGUCGAUGUGCUUCGAGUUGGGAGUAGUAGCCGGGUUACUUGGCAAGUGAAUAGCGCCUACGUUGUCUUCCCACACCGGCGUGCACCCCACAUCACGGCCCGGAAAGAUGAAUUUCCACAGAUACCGCAGAAAAAUAGCCUCCUUCAUCCCAUCGGACAUCGCCACGUACUCCGCUUCCGUCGAAGACAGGGUGACGCUCUUCUGCGUCCUACACAGAUACAUCACACACGCACCAGCGAACAUCACUAGUGCCCCAGAAACAGACCGCCGGUCGGUUGCCUUGUUGGUGAAGUCUGAAUUGACAAAAAGUUCCAUGUGGUCUCCUCCCACCGUGCCCCUCUGAAAAGUAAUCCCGUACCCGCUCGUGAAUCUAACAUACAUCAAAACAUGCAAAGCCACCUCCCAGUGCAGUCGCUCCGGCGCGUGCGAAUACCUCGCAACGGCACGUACCGCGUUGAGAAUAUCCGAGCGAGUCUGAUUCGCCAGCCACAUCAAGUGUCCCACUAGCGACCGGAAAGGCUCGUCGACAUCGGGCUCGUCGGGGUCGUACUGCUCAAGCUUCAACCCAACGACCAUAGGUGUCUCUUUGUCCGUCGUCACACCGAACUUGGCAACGAUCUUCUCCACUACAGCCUGUUGCGAAAUAGUCACCGUCCCCAACACCGUGUCACGAGAAAACCGGCAACCCGCAUACCAGCGCAGUUCCCCAAGGUUGGAAAUGGGCACAUACCGGUUGAGGUCAACACCAAACUGAUCGCACCUGCUCUUGAGCCCGAUAGAGAAGAUGUCGUCUACGUGGAUCACAACCACCAUGGUGACUACACCGCUCUCGAUCAGACGCAUCACACACGCAUCGGCGGCACAAGGCUCGAAACCAAGACUCUUCAUGCCACGCAUCAAGUGAUGAUGCCAUGUGCGGGACGCCUGCUUCAGACCGUAUAGGCUCCGUCUCAACCGCACGACCUUACCGGAAAGCGCACCGCACCCAGGGGGAAGACGAAUGAACACAACCUCAUCCAGUUCUGAUUGGACAAAGGCUUGCUCGGCAUCGAAAUGGCACAAGUCCCAAUCUAACACACAGGCAAUGGCGGCUAGCAAUCGAAUGCUCGUGAUGGAAGGACACGGGGAGAAAGUCUCAAAGACGUCAACACCCUCACGCUGCGCAAUCCCACGGGCUACCAACCUAGCCUUAGCACGCACAGUAUACCCGAACUCGUCUCCCUUCCAUGAAUACACUCACUUGGCGGAGAUGACGUUCGUCCCCCGACCUCCUCGAAGGUGCCCACUGCAUUGAGCCCGAAAAACUCCUUGCGCUCGGCGUUGGUCCAGAUGUGGUGGUGGGGCCCCGCGUGCGCCUCCCCGUAUGUCUCAGGCGUCUCCAGGUCGCACACCAGCCCCGUCGGCAGGGCUGGCUCAGCGACGCCCGGUGCAGGAAGCUCGGCGAUAGACCGCUUGAUCUCGUCCUCCGUGGCUAGAAGAGCAAAUAUCCCCGGCCCCGGCCCAUCUCGCUUCGCCCGCGACCUCGUCACUGCGGGGGUCGCUACAAACUCCCGCUGCCCCUGCCGACGACGUCCGCCUGUACCGCCCUCAUGCACCAUCUCCGUCCACAGUCCAUCCGAUGCCAUCGCCGCCGAGUGCGCGGGGGCAGGUGUGGCAACAGGUGCCGCAGAUGUGCUCACCCGCGAAGGCCCCCCCGCCAUCCGCGCAAGUUCCGCCAACACCGCGCUGCGCGCUGCUCCGCUCUCCACCCUGCUCUCCGGCUCCGUCAUAUGCUCAUGCUGUCGCUGCUCCGUCGCCGCCGUCGCCGCUGGAGCUGCCGCCGAUGCUGCCGCUCCGGCCGCCACCGCGGGGCCUCCGGCCAUCCCCCCCGCCGCCGCCGCGGGGGGAACACUGCCACCGGAGGUCGCCG